AUGCACUGGGUGACGGUUCUUAUUUUGUUCCUGGCUACAACUGCUUACCUUUUAAUCGGUGCAGCUGUAUUCGAGGCACUGGAGUCAAACAACGAGCAGAAACCUAAAUACAAGAUAAGUGACCUGCUAGAAAAUGCCAGUUUUACUGCAGAAAAUACCAGUUUUAUUGACAAGAAAAAGAUUGAAGUAUUCGUUUUGGCGAUGGUUCAGGCGUAUGACCAAGGCUUACUCGACGUCAACGUGACCAAGUCCGAGGAAAAAUGGAACUAUAUGAGUGCACUAUGUUUUUGUAUAACAGUUAUCACCACUGUUGGUUAUGGAAAUAUUGCUCCAUCAACUCCAGGAGGACAGUUGUUCUGUAUUUUCUAUGCACUCAUUGGCAUUCCAGUUAACGGUGUACUACUAAUUCAGUUCGGUCGAAAAAUUUCUGCUCCAAUAAAGAAAUUCAGGAAUAGAUCGAAGACCAGGUAUAAACGGAUAAUAAAUUCGAUUGCAGUUUUUACCGUAGGGACGGCCGUCAUGAUAUUUAUACCUGCAUUCGUUCACAGGAACACUGAGGGAUGGACACUGCUCGAGUCGGUCUACUUCUCUGUGAUUACCUUCACAACCAUAGGAUUUGGCGAUUACGUUGUAGACUACGAGAAGUUGAAGUAUUCUGAAAUAUACCAGUUACUGAACCAUCUCUGGAUAUUUAUUGGCUUGGCAUGGGCGUCGGCUGCUUUAUCUGAUGUAAGCGAUCAUUUUACCGCCGGUGUAGAAAAACGGGAGGCCUCGGUUCGAAGAGCAUCGCGUAGAAUAUCAACAACAGAGAACAAUAGUGGACCAGAAACUACCCAGAGACUGAAUUACAUUUAA